AUGAAGGAAGAGAUUGCUGCCACAGUUUUCUUUGUGGCAAUGCUGGCAAAGAAACAUGGGAGGCUUGACCGUUUGGGUAGGGAGAAGUUUGCUGCAGCUUUGACCUCAGUCCUGUUUGAAACCUACAAAAGCCACUGGUACCCUGAGAAGCCAUGCAAAGGACAGGCUUUCCGGUGUUUGAGGAUGAACAAAGCCCAAGUAAGAGACCCUAUAAUUGAGCGGGCCUGCAAACAGGUCGACGUUGACUAUGACGACCUUGGUUUGCCAAAAGAGAUGACCAUAUGGGUGGACCCAGGAGAAGUGUCAUGCCGGUAUGGUGAGAAGACGGCACCGUUCUGUGUGACCCUGCUGGAGGGGUCAAAAGGUGAUGGUGAGUUCUCGCGGCGGAUCAACAACGCCGUGGAGCGUGCCUCCUCUGACUACCACUCGGGAACCUCAUCAGAUGAAGAAGGCUGUGACUGCAGUAUGAGCAGCAGUAGCAGUGGUGUAGGUGGGGGUGGAAUUCCUGAACCCAAGUGCAUCCCUACUGUGUCCAACCCAAACAGUGUCUACCAGUUCAGCGAGUUUGGCCAACCGCCAUCCAUGCAAUCCUGGGCACCCUAUCUGAAAAGGAAACCCUAUGCUCCAGACUGCUAUCAGCAGCCCCAAAGUGCACCGUACCCCCCACAUGGUGCCUUCAAAGGUUACAGGCCUUCUUAUUCUUUCUGUGGGCCACGUGUGGACAAAUACCACUGGGUUAGCAAGAACCGCUCAUAG